CUGUUUGGUGCAUCUACCGUCACAUUGCCUAUCUUACUCCAUACACAACAACGCCGGAUACUGCGGCACAGCCAACGAUUCAUUCCAAUGGUCCCCCGGGGUUGGACCAAAUGCCGCUUCCCCGUCACCAAAAAAACGUGCCGUGUCGAGUCGCCAGAUUCAGACACUCCCCCAAAAAAAAAAAUGCAAAGCUGCAACCGGAAAUCGUGCAAAAAGCGGAUUAGAAGCGAAAACUGGGGACCUGGAUCGACACAGCCUGUAACAAUGACGCGUCAUUGA